UACACAGCGCCAUGUUUACAUUACAUUCAUCACUGCACCAGCCACCCUGUAUAACAUUAAUUUAUUCAAGCAACCCUAAAAUCUCGCGGUGCUACCAUUCAGACAUCUUGCAUUUUAUUAAGUCUGCUCUUGGGGAACAUUUUCAUUAAACACACAGCACAUAUACAUAUUCUGCUCAGAAACAGGCUUUUGUUGGUCGUCUGAAUCCAGAUUAGGUUUCCUCCGCGUGCUAACGGAUGUGAGGCGGUUGGUUGGACCGAGCCUCGCGUGCCAAUCCCGCGGACUUUACACCGUCUCUCACGGGGGCUCUCUAGCCGUAUUGUGCGUCAUCUCCAUCGCUGCCGUUUUGUUAUCUUUUUCUCCGCUGAGGAAACAUGGCAACUCCCGCCGCGGUCAACCCGUCCGAGAUGGGCAGCGAGUUGCCGGGGACAGUAGCGAUGCCGGGAGCAGUUGGGGCGGGCCAGGUGAGAAUGGGAGGAGCUGUGCCAGGCCGCGGGGGCAAGAGGAGAUCAGGAGGAAUGGACUUUGAUGACGAAGACGGAGAGGGACCUAGCAAAUUUUCAAGGUAUGAUGAUGAUCAGAUUCCUGGUGGAGAUAAGGAGAGAUACGCAAGAGAGAACCACAGUGAGAUUGAGCGACGCCGGCGCAACAAAAUGACCCAAUACAUCACCGAGCUGUCAGACAUGGUCCCUACCUGCAGCGCCCUGGCCCGAAAACCUGAUAAGCUGACCAUCCUGCGUAUGGCUGUCUCCCAUAUGAAGUCCAUGAGAGGCACUGGCAACACGUCCACUGAUGGGGCCUACAAGCCCUCCUUUCUCACUGAGCAGGAACUGAAGCAUCUGAUCCUGGAGGCGGCAGACGGCUUCCUGUUUGUGGUCGCCGCCGAGACGGGCCGGGUGAUCUAUGUGUCGGACUCUGUGACACCGGUGCUGAACCAUCCCCAGUCGGAGUGGUUUGGCAGCACUCUGUACGAGCAGGUCCACCCUGACGAUGUGGACAAGCUGAGGGAACAGCUCAGCACUUCAGAAAACUCCAUGACAGGACGGAUUCUGGACCUGAAGACAGGAACAGUGAAGAAGGAGGGACAGCAGUCCUCCAUGAGGAUGUGCAUGGGCUCCAGACGCUCCUUCAUCUGCCGCAUGAGGUGCGGUAGUGCUCCUCUGGAUCACAUCUCCCUAAACCGUCUGUCCAACAUGAGGAAGAGAUACAGGAAUGGCCUUGGACCCUCAAAAGAAGGAGAGGCUCAGUACUCUGUGGUGCAUUGCACUGGCUACAUCAAAGCCUGGCCUCCCGCAGGUAUGACUAUACCAGAUGAAGACACAGAGGCGGGUCAGACUGGAAAAUACUGCCUAGUGGCCAUCGGAAGACUGCAGGUGACCAGCUCUCCAGUCUCUAUGGAUAUGAACGGCCUGUCGGUGCCCACAGAGUUCCUGUCACGUCACAACUCGGAUGGUGUCAUCACUUUUGUCGACCCGCGCUGCAUCAACGUCAUUGGUUAUCAGCCUCAGGACCUGCUGGGGAAAGAUAUCCUGGAGUUCUGCCAUCCUGAGGACCAGAGUCACCUGAGAGAAAGUUUCCAACAGGUGGUGAAGUUGAAGGGUCAGGUUCUGUCGGUAAUGUAUCGCUUCCGAAUGAAGAACAGGGAGUGGAUGCUGAUCCGAACCAGCAGCUUCACCUUCCAGAACCCAUACUCUGAUGAGAUAGAGUACAUCAUCUGCACCAACACCAAUGUCAAGCAGCUACAACAGCAACAGCAGGCAGAACUGGAGGUUCACCAGAGAGAUGGACUGACUGCCUACGAUCUUUCCCAGGUGCCUGUCGCCAGUGUCAGCAGUGGAGUCCAUGAGGCAGGGAAGAACAUCGACAAGACAGAAGCCCUGUUCUCCCAGGAAAGAGACCCUCGCUUUGCUGAGAUGUACACCAGCAUCUCCGGCUCGGGAGAUAAGAAGAUGAUGGUUCCCUCCUCUACAGCUGGAGGACAGCAGCUCUACUCGCAGAGCUCUCCCUUCCAGCAGGGACACUCUGGCAAAAGCUUCAGUUCCUCUGUGAUCCAUGUCCCCGGCGUGAACGACAUCCAGCCAUCAGGCUCAUCCAAUCAGAAUCUAGCUCAGAUCACCAGACAGCUCAACCCAGGCCAGGUGGCAUGGUCAGGCAACCGACCCCCCUUCUCUGGACAGUCCAGUAAAGCCCAGUCCAGUCCAUUUGGUAUUGGUUCCGGCCACAGCUACCAGACGGACCCGGCCUCCUACAGUCCCCUGUCAUCCCCAGCCACUUCCUCCCCCAGCGGCAAUGCCUACUCAGGACUGACGAACCGCAGCACAGCUUUUGAUGUGUCGGGGGAAAGCAGUCAGAGUGGAGCCCAGUUCCAGGGUCGUCCCAGUGAGGUCUGGUCCCAGUGGCAGAACCAGCAUCACUCCCAGCAGGCCGGAGAACAGCACACACACCCCAACCCCAGCCAGACAGAAGUCUUCCAGGACAUGUUACCCAUGGCUGGAGAUCCCACCCAGGGAACGGCCAACUACAACAUCGAGGACUUCGCUGAUCUCGGCAUGUUCCCACCCUUCUCUGAGUAAAACCCCCCCCCUCUCUCUCCACCACUCUCCCUCUCAGAACUGGACUGAUGUUUGCAUUCAUCUCUCAUGUUGUCUCAUUUUUUCUUUAUUGCUGGAUCACCAACACGCAGCUGAUGUGCAGCACGGUGAAUGUCUGGGUGCACUCGUCAUUCGCACACACACAAACACACCGUCCACUAAUGUUUGGGCUCCGAGGCCUGCAGUCUGUAUCUGUGAACAUACACAUACCUCAUCUCUGCAAAGAGGAACCCUGCUGUCAGAGCGGGGAACAUCAGAUCAACCUGUAUGAGCUCUUUGUCUGUCCCCACACUGAUGGACAUUGUCUCAAGACUGUGACUUCCAGCUCACUGAAACUGCGGAGCUCUCUGCAGUCAGCAUAACUAGAGGAGGAGGGUCAGGUGAUUAUAGCUGUAUUUGUCAGUGUCCAAGAUUUUAAACCUUUUCCCCCUUUCAAAUUUGUCAAAAGAUCUUCAUCCUCAUGACGUAACUCAGCAGUAGUUCAUGUCUGCAAGCAAGUACACACACAACCCCGUCUGUACAGUAGUAUAUCAGGGUUAACUUCCAGGGUGGGAUAAUUGCUCCAUUCACACACACACAUUCAUACACUGAUGGCAGUGGUUGCCAUGCAAGGUGCCAACUGCUCACCAGAACGGAAUUCAUACACAGUCACACAACGAUGCACAGCAAUUUGGGGUUCAGUAUCUUGCUCACGGAUACUUCGACAUGCAGCGAGAGGAGCCGGGUAUCGAACUGCCAACCUGCCGAUUAGUGGACGACCCGCUCUACCUCUGAGCCACAGCUGCCCCUUAAGCAAGCAGUAACCUCCGCCAAUGCGGAGGUAACAAAACCUGCAGUUCCUCUAACAGCCACUAGAGGCUGGCUCCAGCAGUCUCCAUAAGGCCCCAUAUUAAAAUGCCCAACUUUACAGCAGAAAUAAACCUGUUUACAGCCUGGUACAAAAAGCACUUUUGGUCUCUAUAGCUAAUUUCGCCGUUCACAGCUGGCUGUUUUCAGUAAGCAGGCUUCAUUCAGUCCGCCUCAGCUCCACCCACGCUCCACCUCUUUACCAGAUUUUGGAUUAGCCGGGAGUCAGCGGAGUCAGGACUACCAAGAUGGCGACAGCCAGAACCGACCACUCUGAGCUUCACAACGGCUCUUCACACACCUAUGGCUGAUGUCACCAGCCUUUGUCCAUUUUUAAUCACACAGUCCCAAUUUAAAGACUAGCCCAGAUAGUCUCUGCAAGCACACUGUCUGUCCCCUGAUUCCUGUUCUCAAGUUGUUAUAUUCAGACUUUUUAAUAUGAUUAUUAACACUCUGCUGUUAGUUUGACCUAAAUAUUGAUCACUAACUAAACAGGAAAUAUGUUAUUAAAUCAUUCAACGUUUCAGUCUUAUCAAUGGUGUCAAUGUAGAGCUGACACAUUUAAUCUAACUGUAAAAAGACCAAGUAACACCCUCGUAAUUAAUCAUUACUUAUCUGUGGAGGAAUUUAGGCCCACACCACUCCAAAGCUGUCAGACUUCUUGCUCAACUGUGACUGAGGAGAACAAUAUUGCCAAACAUUUACCGGCUCCAUGUGAGAGAAUGUGUGUACUGCACCUCCACACAGUUUAGGCCUGUAGAGCAGACAGUGAGUGUGAGCAGCACAUCAUCACACACUGCUGUAGGUGCCAUCACAGUCUCACAGGAACAGUCCCUUUACUUACAAGCAUGAUUAUUUGAGAUGUUCACACUGGGUCAUACAUUUGACCUACGUGUAUGGGUGCAUACACAGAGGCUGCUUCAGUGUUGUUAGGGAAUGUUAUUGGUGCCGAUUUAAGAGCAAGACUGGUUUACCCAAAGUUCAACAUGUUGACAUCCAUUCAUGAAUAGUUGUAUCAGUGUGCUCUGUGCAUAUAAAUUCACAAUGAGAGAGGGAACACAGAACAAAGUGGAACACACCACACUAUGAGUCAGAGGUGGCAAUACACUUAUUGUGCGUCCUUUUGACAGGCAGAGGCAGAAUAACUUCAUCAUAGUCUAUCAUUGCCUGUCAUUUGAAUUACAUUGUUUGAAUGAUAAUGAAACAUAUAGCCUAUUUAAUCACAUUUCAUUUUCAAAAACAACUCAAUAGCAUUUAAUAUACAGAACUUACAGAGGAUGCAUUUAUAAGAGCAUGGAGAGAAAAGCCACUGUGCGGUCCCUUUUCAUGCCAACACCACACGAGGCAGAUGAAUGAUUUUUAGCUCCUUGCUGCCACUUGCUUCCUCCGUAACAUUAGCUGUAUUCAUCAACCACAUCAAACACACUUUUUGAAGGAACUUUGGACACUCUGCUGCCGUGAUAUUUUGCGAUAGCUAGGCUAUGAAGCGAUGUGAUGGCUAAAGCUAGCUAGACAAUGAGAUCAUGCAUGUGAGAUCAAAGACAAGACUACUCGACAGUAGCUCAUUAAUAUGCACACACCAACUGGACAGGGGGGUCUACUACAGGUGGCAGUGACAGCGGUAACGUUACAGUACAUCACCGUCCUGACAACCUGUAAAAACGACCAAUAGCCGGAGCGCCCUGGUAGCUCAUCUGGUUGAGUCCUUCCUGCAGUGACCCAUCUUCGAUUCCAACCUGCAGCUCCUUGCUGCAUGUCAUCCCCCCUCUCUCUCACCUGACCUUCCUGUCAUUCUCCAGCUGCUCUAUCAUAAUAAAGGCAAUAAAAAGCCCCAAAAAAGACAGACAGACAGACAGCCUUGAGAUUUUUCCAUCUUGUUAAAAUAAUUCAGUCAGCGACUGAACCAGAUAUUUGGUUAACGCAACCCCUGCUAUGAGUCAGCUGAAGGCUUUAUGCAUUGAAUCUUAAUGAAUGUGUGCAAGACUGCAUCUCAGCCCAGACAGGAUGUCACUUACUCACAGUACAGUAAGACCAGUAGGAUCAAUAAACCAGUAAUGGACCAAUCACCUCCUCUGGUAACUCCUGCAGUGACUGUAGAGCAUCAGUCGACAACGAUGCACAUACAUGUUCACACACACGCAGUGGGAUUUAUGCGUGUUACAGAUGUACACCUCCGUCUACCUGUUGCAGCCUCUUGCACGCCAUCGCUGACUCUGCCAAACAGCAGGUGGAGAGGAGGAGAUGCUCCUCUCCACCUGCUGCUGCCCACUCUCCAGCAACCUUACUGUGUAACCUGUAUGUAGUGAUGCCCUGACGUGAGCAUAGAAGGACUCUGUGUAUACAUGAAAAAAAUACAAAAAAAACUCAUCGCAGACAGUUGCUAAGCUAAGGCUUAAAGUGCACUUCAUGAAGCUAACUGCUAAUCUCACCAGCCUGCUUUAAAAGGGAGAAACCGCCAUACCGUCCAAGCAAAACGCAGUAUUUACUAGUGUAUUCGGUGUUCUUCAGCUCUGGCUACUUGACUUUAUUACUUUAUAAUCUUUUCAACUAUGAAGAGACUGAAUAAUACUUUCUAGCGGGGGAGCUUUUACAUGAUAGAUUGUAUAAUGUCUCUGACAGACGGAGGGGAGAACCUCGUACAGACAGUCCUUUUGCUAAAGAUCUUAAAUCGAUGUUCUUUUGUAAAUAAUGUGAUUUUUAUGUCGACUCGUGUUACUUUCACACAGUACAUGUUUUGUGUAGGUUUUAAUGAUAUUGUGUGCAAUGUGAGUACAUAUUUAACUAUUGGUAUUUAGUUAGUCUGUUAAUUGUACAUUGAGUUCUAGACCUGUAUAAAAUUGUGUAAAUGUGACCCAUUAUUUUUGUGUAACAAAUUGUGCUUGUGACAAUAAAUUCUUAUUGGUUACGUGGCUUCCA